UGAAGGUCAAGGUGCCAAUAUGGCGCCAACCUACGAAGUUAAAGUUCUCUUGACACUUAUUUGGUUUUUAGCGAAUUCGACUAUUUUGUUUGCUGCCAAACUUAAUGUUCCUAAGGUUCUGCUUCCAUACUAUAGCUCUGUUGCCACAAAUUUUACCUUAGAAGUAAGCGAAGGAUGUUACACAUGGCGUUCUUCCCGUCCAGAGGUAGCCACAGUGAUCCCAUUGGGUGUCCAAGACCCUAGCCAGUGCUCUAAAGAAGCUGUGGUCAGCGCAAACUCUAAAUCUCCACAUAGAAUGACCACUAUUGUCCUGGCAGAAGACUCAGUCUCUGGUCAGAUAUUACGCUGUGAUAUUAUAGUGGAUGUGAUCCAUAAAAUUGAAAUAGAGACUACAACAAGGGAACUGUAUCUGGAGGAUUCUCCUGAAGCAUUCACAGUAAGAGCCUUAGAUGAGGAAGGCAACACAUUCAGUAGCUUGGAGGGCGUGGCAUUUAAGUGGAAUUUGAUCUCAGAUACAGAUGUGGACAGCAGCAGUAUUAUAGAUGCACACAAUGUUCUCAGAAUUCAAACCUUCACAGAGUCUGUGUAUGAGACUCCCCCUCAUAUUGGUAAAAUGGAGGCCAUUGGCAUGCAGGGACACAUGAUAUUAGUCCAUGGGAUCAAAACUGGUUCAGCAAAAGUACAGGCCAGGCUUAGUGAUCCAGCUUAUAAGAGUGUCAAUCCUGUGGUUGUGAGAUUGAUAGUGGUUGCCAACCUGGUCCUCAGUCCUCCAGAUGUCUACCUCCUCAAGUAUUCCCAGGUCAAGUAUACAGUGGAACUCAUUAGGCAGGGCAAAGCUCAAGAUAUUCCAAUGCCCUCACAGCAGUAUUAUCUGGAGUUGUUGGACAAUAAAAUCUGCUCUCUGGACAGAACCACCUCCACUGUCACUGCAACACAGUUGGGGGACACAGAACUUGUGCUCAAGGACAGAAAUAUCAAUAUCAAAGACACAUUCCACCAGCCAACAGCUGGUAUCCAUGUAGUAAACCCAGGAUAUCUAGGAUUUGUGGCCCUCCCUGGCAGGAAGUGGGUCCUGGAAACCAAUAGGGAGUAUGUUAUACUCAUAGAGAUAUAUGAUAUAGACAGUCACAGGAUACAUCCUUCUGAUAAUGUGAGGAUAGAUUCUGUUUUCCCAGAAGAAUACAUAAAAGUAAAGCACUCCAUGGUGAAUGGUUCUUACCACAUAGUACAUACUGUAAAGAAAGGUUUAACAGAAAUAUCAGGAAAACUUAAAGCAAUCAUUACUCAGGACGGCAAGGAGUUUAUGCUGGUGCCCCCUAUUGAGGGAAUGCAGGAAGUGGAAAUUUAUGACCCCAUACAGGUGGAACCACCAAUCCUGGUUUUUCCAUGGGAUCCCAUCACUAGAGCCUCAUACCAAUACACACUAAAGGCAACUGGGGGCAGUGGCAACUACACCUGGACCUCAUCCAAGAGUAGCGUGGCUGCGGUGAAUGUGAAGGGAGAGAUCACCACUGCUAACAUUGGGGAGACUGCUGUAACUGCAGCUGAUGUGAGAAACACAGCACAUACAGGGUCCAGCAAGGUCUAUGUGCUUCCACCAGUUGACCUGCAGUUUAUUCCUUCCAAAGUUGAGGCAGAAUUAGGAAGCAACCUGGACUUACCUCUGGCUUUAUUUGCUGAUACUGCAAAAGGAGAAAGGUACAUCUUUAAUGAUUGCAGGAAGGUUCCCAUCAAUGUGACCGUGAUGGACACAGCUGUCUUUGAGGAGGUGGACGAGACCCUACCUCUCCUUCCUGACAGCUGUAUGACAGUGAGAGUGAGAGCACUUAGACUUGGACACACUAAGAUUGUGGCUGAAUAUUCUUAUGCACAAGUCAAGUUGCGGAGUGUUAUCACCAUUGCUGCUUACAAGCCAUUGCAGGCAAUAGAUCCUGAAAGUGUUGCUGUGGUAACUCUUGGUGCGUCCAAGGAGGUGAUAUUUGAUGGAGGCCCGCAGCCCUGGGUGCUGGAUUCCUCAACAUACUUCAGAACAUUGACGCCUGAGAAGUCGGAUGUUUUGUCAAUUGUCCAUCUACCUGGUCAUGGCACACAAAAGACAUUACACAUCUUCCAUGUGUUGUGCCGUGGUCUGGAGGAGCAAGAGUUGACAGUCAGUGUUGGAAACGGUAAAACUGCCCAAAACCUUUUCCCAGCUGUAGCGACUGCUUCCAUCAGGUUUGCCUGUGCCCCACCAGUAGGAUUACAUCUCCAGCCAGACAUUAAGCAAGCAGACAUAGGCCUGCCCCCAUGUCCCAUUUCUCUGGACUCUGCUGAACCUAUCCCAGUCCACUGCUACAAAAACCUGGACAUCUUGGUGACGGUCACAGACAGCCAGGGCAGAAAGUUUGACAACUUCUCCUCUCUGGUGUUUGACUGGGAUGUAUCUGACCACUCUCUGGCCAGUCUGGACAGUCUCCAGGGAGUGGACACAGAUGUGACAGUGUUAGAGACCGGGAGGAAAUUGGUCAGAUGCUUCAAGACAUUGUACAUGAAGGAAAAGCUAGGUUCAUUGACCGUGACAGCUACUGUGCAAAGAUAUGACCGUAAAUACUUCACGCUGGCCAGGAUAACAUAUGAGGAGAGCAUUGAUCCUCCUAUUAGUCGGUCUCUAGAGCUGAUGUUGGUUGAGGAUUCUGUCAUAGUUCCUGCCUUCAUCUCAAUAUUCAAUCAUCCUUCCAACAAGGUGUCGUUGAAAGUUGAAAAAGGCUCUGGACACUUCAAGAUCAGUUCUGUCCCUCCAAACAUCGCACAAGUCAGUUACGAUGGCAAGAAGAAAAUUGUGCAGGUAAGCCCAGUUCAUGAUGGAUUCCUUGCCAUCACAGCCUUUGAUCUGUGUCUGGACCAACCACAGCACGCCAGGUCAGAGGUCAGCAUAUCAGGGGUCAGCCUUAUCCAGGUCAAGGUCGUUGAUAAGGUUGAGCUUGGAAGAAAAAUAGUCGCCAGUGUUCGUGUGUUGGACCACGAUGGAAAACCAUUAGCGGCCUCUUACUUCCCUCUGAUGAACCUUAAACCACAAACUGGCUCUGAAAUCAUAUCUGUCAGGCCUGAUCACACGGAGGAGUUUACAGCUUUUUAUAUUGUCCAUGGCCUGAGUUUAGGUCAGACCAGUUUGUCUUACCUGGCCAACCUGAAGUCUGGAGAACUGAUCUCCAGUGAACCCAAAGAUAUACAGGUGUUCCCACCGCUUAGACUGGAUCCAAGAAACAUAACACUCAUUAUUGGAGCACAGUUUCAAGUCACCAGCUAUGGGGGUCCCCAACCCCAGUCCACGGUGGACUACUCCAUCUUGGACCCCAACAUUGCCAGUAUCUCUUCUGGUGGCCUGAUAGAUGCAGAGAGUCUUGGGGACACCACUGUGGUUGGGAAGGCAGUGGGGAUGGACUCGGAGACCGGGGAAACUGUGAUAUACUCACAGGACCAGGUGACUGUGUAUGUGGUGCAGUUGGCAGGUAUUAAUGUGUUUGCUCCCCUCACCAGACUGCAGACAGGGACAGAGAUGCCUCUGUAUGCGAUGGGUAUGAAUGAACACGAGACUCCAUUCACAUUUGGGACGGCGGUGCCUCCUCUCAGCUUCUAUUGGACCAUCAACAACAAGGAGGUUGUGGAGCUCAAGUCUGUGUAUUACAAGAGCAACCUCCAUGUUCCCGCAGAGAGCAAUUUUGCCACUCACCUGUUUGCCCGCAAGGAAGGCCAUGUCACAGUGAAACUGGUGGCUAAGCCUCACCCUGACAGCAUGCUACAGCUUAAAGAGGGGGUCAAACUGGAGGAUGAGGUGCAGAUACAGGUGUUUGGAGAACUACGUUUAAUCUCUCCUGCUUCAUGUGAUGGACAUCUUAUUAUGACUCCUAACACAGAGACUGUGGUCAAAACUAACAGAGAUGGCACUGCCAGGGUUACCUACAAGAUAAUACGAGAGAAAGGAGACAGUAAGACUAGCAGUCCAUUGGUCAGUGUGAGUGAAACUGGUCAAGUGACCUCUGGACUCAUCAGUGGUCAAGCCACACUUCUGGUCACUGCACACGAGGACUUUGGGGUCAACCAGACGUUGGUCAUUCUUAUCAAGGUGAAACCCGUGUCGUACUUGAUGUUUAAUCUGGAUACUGUGAUCAGGACGUCGGAGGGACACCUCCACACCAUCCCUGUGGGCACAACGCUGCGUUAUACCAUCAGUUACCAUGACGAUGUGGGCGAGAAGUUUUACGCUGUCAAUACUAAGCUGAAGUACAGACCAAGCAGGUUUGAUCUGCUUCAAGUUUCCCCAGGAUCUGUGAAUGGAACGUUGGUUGCCAGGACAACAGAUGUGGGCCUGACAGUGUUGAAGGUUUGGGAUAAGCUAAACCCCAGGACAUCAGACUAUAUUAAGAUCAAUGUAGGGUAUGCCAUACAACCGAUGCAGGCAGAGGUGGUACUGGGAGAGGUGAUCUGUCUGCACAGCUCCAUCUUGUCAGAACAAGGUUACAGAGGAGAGUGGUCUGCUGAAGGCAGUGCUCUGACAGUGAAUCCCAGGUCUGGCAUCGCCGUGGCAACACAAGUGGGGAAGACCUUUGUACAUUACACAGUGUCCAAUGACAUUUCAACAUACACGGAGAUAAUUGUUGCCCCAGUCCAGUCAAUUCACAUUGUCCAGGACAAUUUGAAAUCGUUGACCAAUGUUGUAAGCAGAAGCAGAAGUUGGUCUAUACCAGUCAUACUGAGCAAGGAGCAGGGGAUUGGCACUGGCAAUAUCAUGGGUAGUAACUGCAGUGGGAUUUUGUCCAGUGAGAAGUUCCAGGGGAUGUUCCCAUACAGAUGUGAACUGACCAUGAGCAGGGCUCAUUCUGCGCUCAGUGUGGGAGAUCUGUUCAAAGUUUCCCCAGACUUUGACUCACAGACAGGCCAGUACAGUUGCAAGGUCACUCAGGUGGACAAUGACCUCCUGCAGCAGGAAAUAAGCACCUUGGAGACAGACGUCCAACUCCAGGUGACGGUCACCCAGAGAGAGCACCAGCCAAAAGUGAUGUCCACUCUUCUCAGCGUUCCAUUUUAUCCCGCGUUCCACGUGAUGACCACUGAGCUGUUGCUAAGCAACCUCCAGCCACUGUCCAGUAUCAGGGUGUCUUCAGUGAGACCAGUUAGAGAUGAAAUCAAGGUUGUUGCCAGUGACCCCUCUCUCCUGGAGAUCCUGUCUCAAGAAGUGGACUCUCAGACACCCACCAUUGUCCACUACCCAGUGAGACUGUUGGAGAAAGUGGCCCUGUGGGAACUGGAGAAUCUGGAACUCAGAGUGGAGCUGACCAAUGGCCUGACUGGACAACACCACGCAGUGCCUGUAAGGGUGAAGUUGAUUGGUCAGAGGCAGGAUGGACUUGGAGUUCCUCAAAUAGAAGGUCAGAAGGACUCGGGCUGGAGCAGUCUGCUCACUGUGAUAGGGCAUCACUACCAAACCUGGCUCUUCAUGCUGCUUUGUAUAAUAGCCACCAUAUCAGCUAUUGUCAUUGGCUACCAUGCUGUGAUGGGUCAAAAGUAUUCUGCGGCACCUCCUCAGUCUGGAGCUUUCUUACAGCCAGGCAGCCCUCCAACUUCACCUUACUAUGCACAGUCACCUGCCUAUCCAUCCUGGCAGCGUACCCCCUCCCCUGGCAGGCCCAGCUUGUGGAGCUCUGGAUACGACCCUCAGGACUCCGUAGAUACCUCCUUCAUCAAACGCUCUCCUCAUCACCGUUCACCAUACCAGUGACACGGGACAGGAAAAAACAACUGAUCAUCACACAUAACUACAGCUAACAGGAACAUCACAAAUGUACUGGGUCAAGUCCUGGAUCUUAUUGAUGAGAUUAGAUUUGUGGUGUGUGAGUUCAGGCCUGCAAGAUCAGAGUAAAAGAUUUUUUUGGUUGCAUAAUAACAAAAUAAUCUCUAAAAAAAUUAGGUAGAUUUAACAUGGUGAGGAAAAAAGACAGCAUAGUCUUGUAGAAAAGAAAAAAAAUGUUGGCACAGUGUUGUAGAAAAGAAGAAAAAAAAAUGUUGGCUAAAUGUUGAAAUGAUCUGUUUCAACUGUUUGGGGUAAUGUAUCAGACCUAGUCGAGUGGAUACAAAUUGCAUACCUUGCAAAAAGUAUGUUAUCCUCAGUAUCAAAAAUGAUCAGAGAUUUAAAUUGUUAUUGAAUUCCCAACGUUUCACUCUCCAUGCAGGACUAAGAUGGUGAACAUCAUUAUCAGGUCUCACACCAUAACCUGCAAUGGUAGAGAACUGGAACUGAUCUCUAAGAAGCAAUGAGAUGAUAUUUAAAUUGUAAAUAUUGCAACAUAAGAUGUACAUAUUAACAAGAUUGCAAUGUCAUUGGGAUGCAUGUGAUACAUUUAAAUGUGCUUAAAAGGCACAGUGGGUGAAUCUUUGACACAGCACUAAAGCAAAUUUUGAAUGUUUUCUAUAAAUUUCUCAUAAUACACAAUGUCAAUUUUUCUUAAUUACGUUCAAUUAAAGCGCAGUGAUCUAUGUGAAUAUGCUGUCUAGAAAUUAUUUUUAAAUUUUUUGUUUGAGAUGGGUAGGAAAUUCAUUACAACCUCUUGCCAUUUUGAGACCCAAAGCAUAAUUUAAGGUUUCAGUGUUAUUUUUACCUCUGAUUUAGAGUAGAUAUAGUGUAUUUAAGUCACUGGGGUGGUCAAUCAAAACACUUAAGUCUUGCUUUAUUCUGUGUUACAGAAAAUAUCACCCCCUGUGCCUGCAAGUUAUGUGAACUUAUGAUUGGUGAACAACAAUAGAUAUAACUGUAAAAUCAUGUGAUGUAAUUGACGACUGAUUGUGAUUGUGAGGUGUGUGGUAGAGAGCAUAAAGAAUGUAUAAUAGUGUGGUAGAUGUGCCCCUUGGGUUACCUUUUUUUCAUCAAGUUCAGACAUGAGUGAAAAUUGUUGCUGGGGGGUUGGGGGGGGGAGGUAGAAGUUUCGGCACAUAUGAGUGAAAUGAGUGUUGUGGUACAAAGUUAAUUUAGAUCUCUGUACCUCUCUUUUUUUCUUGAAAAUGAUACAUUUUUAUGAAAGGAGCAAGCUUUUAUUAUAGUUAUUGCUAUACAUAUUGCUUAAAAAACAAUGCAAUUGGUGAUUCAUUCAACAUCUGUAAAAAUGAACAUUUUGCUACUAUUUUCUGUUCACUUGUACAGUUUUACUAUUUCGUGCUGGCC